AUGAGUUGUUUUCAGCCCAGUCAGUGUCACGUGAAUGUGUGUGUGUUUUCACGUGACAAUCCCACCCACCUGUUGCCUUUCCCUCCCACCCACCUCGUCAUAGCAUCCACGUCUACCCCACCAUCCUUACUUUCCCACCGCGCCGUCCUCUCUCCCUCCCACCCACCCUCGCCUCCCACCCGCCCUCGCCUCUCCUUCCUACCCGCCGUCGCCGCUCCCUCCCACCUCGUCGUCGCCUCUCCCUCCGCCGUCGCCUCUCCCUCCGCCGUCGCCUCUCCCUCCGCCGUCGCCUCGCCCUCCCCAUCGUCUCCUCCCUCCCCAUCCCGUCGCCUCCGCUCCCUCCCAUCCCGUCGCCUCCGCUCCCUCCCAUCCCGUCGCCUCCGCUCCCUCCCAUCCCGUCGCCUCCGCUCCCUCCCAUCCCGUCGCCUCCGCUCCCUCCCAUCCCGUCGCCUCCGCUCCCUCCCAUCCCGUCGCCUCCGCUCCCUCCCAUCCCGUCGCCUCCGCUCCCUCCCAUCCCGUCGCCUCCGCUCCCUCCCAUCCCGUCGCCUCCGCUCCCUCCCAUCCCCUCGCCUCCGCUCCCUCCCAUCCCCUCGCCUCCGCUUCCUCCCAUCCCGCCGUCGUCCCCUCCCACCCCGCCGUCGCCUCUCUCACCUACCCCGCCGUCGCCACUCCCUCCCAUCCCGCUACCGCUUCUCCCUCUCAUCCCGCCGCUGUCUCUCCCUCCCAUCCUGCUUCGCCACUCUCUCUCAUCCCGCCGUCGCCACUCCCUCCCAUCCUGCCGACGUCUCUCCCUUCCAUUCCGCCGCUCCUCGCCCUCAUCCCCGCCGCGCCACUCCCUCCCGUCCCGCCGUGGGGAGGUUUGAGAGCACGGAUAAGGAUGGUGCGCGAACGAGAGCUGGUGCGCUAGCGCGGGUUGGUCUUCGAGGCACCGUCAUUAGCAGACUUGCCUCGUCUUGCGUUUCACUACCAAUUGAAGAGGGGGAGAGAGGGAGCGCGAGGGAGAGCGUUCGCACAGGAGCGAGCACGCAGGGAGUGCGCGUGAGAGAGCGUAUGUUGAGAGAGAAUGAAGAGCUGGAGGUAGCACGAAACGCGUGUGGGAGGAGAGGCGGGAGAGAGAGUGUGUGCGCGCUUGCGCCGUUGGCGUGGGUGCCGUGGGCGCUUGCGCUUAACCCGCUUGCGCUUAUGUCGCUUGCAAUUAGGGCUCUGCACUGGUGCGCUUGUGGUUAG